UAAACAAUAGCUGCCGAUUAAACUAAAUGUUACAAGCUUGACAUGAUUAACUGAGUUGUUUUUACCGAGAUGCGCCGUGAGAAUGGUCAGAUCCGCCUCUCCGGCUGCAAUGCGCGCUCCCGACACAGGGAAACAGAUUUUCGCACAAGACCUUUGUACUGUUGCUAGCUGUACAAAGGUCAAUAGUGCUUCUAGUCACGGGGAUAUUCUGGGGACUGCCAUGUUGCCAGUCGUGGUGGUCCAUGGGGGGGCGGUUCACAUCCCCAAAGAGCGCUCAGACCUGUCCACCUCAGGAGUGUGCUCUGCAGUGAGGUCAGCGUAUGCACUCCUGCAGGGAGGGGGCAGCAGUAUGGAUGCUGUGGUGGAGGCUGUUCUGCUACUGGAGAAUAAUCCAUCUUUCAGUGCAGGAUGUGGCUCAGUGCUGAAUAUGAAGGGGGAGGUCGAGAUGGAUGCCCUCGUGAUGGACGGGAAAACUCUGAGCAGCGGCGCCGUGUCUGCCGUCCGCAACGUAGCUAACCCAAUCCAGCUGGCCAGACUUGUCAUGGACAAGACCAGCCAUGCCUGUCUGACGGCGGAGGGUGCCAGUCAGUUUGCUCGCUCUAUGGGCGUUCCCGAGGUUCCUCAGGAGUCCCUCAUCACAGAGUAUUCCCGCAUGUGCUGGAAAAAAAACCUGGCCCCAGAUGCCAACCCUGUGGAGUGCCAAAUGGGGAAGAUGGGGACGGUUGGAGCGGUGGCAGUCGACACCGACGGCAACGUAGCGUGUGCGACUUCCACCGGAGGAAUGCUGAACAAGAUGGAAGGCCGAGUGGGCGACACCCCGUGCAUCGGCAGUGGAGGCUAUGCUGACAAUAUGUCAGGAGCCGUAUCGACUACGGGCCACGGAGAGGCCAUCAUGAAGGUCACGCUGGCGAGACACAUCCUGUUCCACAUGCAGCAAGGCCAGUCAGCUGAGGCUGCCAGUGAUCUGGGUCUGGCCUAUAUGAAGUCCAGAGUCGGGGGACUUGGAGGGGUCGUGACCGUGGACCCGCAGGGCAAUUGGGCCGCUCGCUUCUCCAGCAGCCAAAUGGCGUGGGCCGCGGCGCAGAAAGACACGCUGCACUACGGUCUGGACACGGGAGAACACUUCACCCAAAUCAUCGAGGAUCAUCGAGCCUGACACCAGGCCCAGUUUGUGUCAGUAGAGCUAUAAACUAAGAUAAUACAGCUGAAGGUGGGCUUCAGGUAACCAAAUAAUGAUUGAUUUGGUUUAAUGUUGAUGUUUAAAAUCAAAUAGAAGACAAAAAGAGCAACAAAAUUAAUUAGUUUAAUCAUAAAAAAAACAAUCAACUGUGCACAUAUCUGAGCCAAUCCAAAGAAAAGCAAGAAAUUUCCAGAAACGCUAAUGACACUCUGUGAUUCCUUGUAAUAAUCAUUUGAAAAGUCAUUGCAGUGUUUCUGUCGCUAGAGAAACUAGAGCAAAAUGAUCAAAUACACAUCAGAUAUAUAACUCACUGCUCAGUUUUUAAGCUUCUCGGGAAACACUUCCUGAGAAGUGUUUUACGAUAUUUAAUUUUUUACAAACUACUGGCCAGUUUUAUGAACACUGAACACUUUCUGAUGAUCUGCACAAAGUGUGUUUUUCUGUUCACAUCAGUACUGGUGAGCAGCAGCUCAUCAUUUGCUGACUGUUGGUGAAGAAAAACCAAACCAAAAAGGUAUUUACUGCAACGUGAGUGACAUUUUUGUCUUAAUUUAGAUGAUUAUAGUUUACCACAACUGAGUUUCUCAGAUUGAAGUAUUAAAAAGAGCCAAUAAAACCAUUUUUGUCAGAUUGUUGGUGGUACAUCUCACCAACAGACUCAUUUUUCUUCUUGGGCUUUUAAUUUACUGCAAGCCACAAUAAUCCAAGUUAAUAGACAUAAACACCUGAAAUAUAUUGCACUGUCUGUAAUUAAUCUUUAUUAUUUGUAAAUUUCACUUUUUGAACUUAAUCACUCAAAUAAAUUAGUUUUCUGUCAUAUUCUGAUUUAUAGAGAAGCUCUUAUAAGCCAGCAUGUGUUAAUCUGUUAUGAACGCCAUUUAUGUACGUAUUAUUCUGAUGAGUAGUGUUGACCUGUCUGAUCCACUAGGUGGUGCUGUUUCCUCAUGUAGACAAAAUGCAAAACUUGAGCUUUCCUUUUCUUUAACUGAACUACUUCUAGGCUUGCGUUGUGUAAUUGGUUGUAAUUUUUUUAAAUGUUUUAUAGAGCACUUUAUAAUAUUUACUUUAAUUGUGCAAUACCAGCCUUAAUGUAUUUUGUGUCAUUUUCUAUAAUAAUUGUUAUAAUCUGUUUGAUUUGAUAAAGAAUGUCUCGUUCAUAUAUCAAUUCAUUCCUGUGUGCAAUUGCGUUGUGCAAUAAAAACAAUGCAGCUCAAGACUCAAAUCACACUUUUUUGCUUUAUUGGUAAUUUUCA